GAAACGUCAAAUCAAAAUAAACAAACUAACCAAACUAAUCGUACGACAACAAGAAACAGUCAGAACAGAAAUAUUAUGAAGGAAUCAGGAACUCAAGACAAUGAAUUUAUUGAAGUCAGAAACGGGAAGAGAACAAGAAACAAACCAACACAAAAAAACAUAGGAACAGGUCAAGAAGAAAAUGGUUUCUCCGGACAGCAAAGAAAGGCACACUGAAUUUCUUCAGAAGGAUGCGGUUUUUUUAUAAACUCUGAACCAAAUAAGCAAAAAAGUCCAACUGCAGAGGAAACAGAAAAAUUCACUGUCUUUCAUCAGAAUAUUAGAUCGAUUGGAAAUUCAAUGGAACAAAUAGAAAACGACAGCACAAAUAACAGGGAUAUCAAGAUUAUAUGUUUGUCAGAACACUGGAAAACAAAAAAUGAAUUGAAGAACUACAACAUAAAAAAUUUCAUACUUAAAGCCCAAUUCUGCAGACUACAUGGUGAGCAUGGUGGUGUAGCUGUCUAUGUUCACACAUCUUUGAAAGCAAAGGAAAGAAAGGAAAUAAGCUAUGUUUCUGUAAAAGGCCUCAUGGAAUGUGCAGGAGUUGAAUUUCGUAUUGGUAAAAUCAAGGUAAUUUGUAUGACAGUCUAUAAUAAUGGUACAACUGAUAUUUUAACUGAAAAACUGAACGUGCUUCUUAAUAAAUUUGAAAAUGAAAAUGCUCAAGUUAUAAUUGUUGGAGAUUUUAACAUUGAUCUUUUAGGCGAGUCCCAAAGGAAAACUGAAUGGCUUAUGUUCUUAAGCUCGCAUAAUAUGAAGCGAACAAUAUUUGAGGCAACUAGAAUCACUGGUACAACAGCAACAUGUAUAGAUGGUAUUUUUACAAACCUCGACAUGCCAUACUAUAGCAACAUUAUUGACAAUCACAUCUCGGACCACACAGCUCAGACCAUCACCUUAAUGGGCCCCCGAACUAAGCAAACUUUCACAUGGAAAAGAAUAUAUUCCUCACAUAAUCUCAACCAAUUGAAAACAAAUCUGAGAACUUUAAAUUGGAGAUUUCUCAAUGACUUAGAUGAUGUUAACGAACAAUUUAACUAUUUCCAUGAUUUAUUUAUGCAACAUUUAAAUCAAGCUUGUCCUCUAAAAAAGUUUCCUAUACAGAAGAAACAUAAGUAUAAGUGCCCAAGUGAAUUACAGAGAAGUAUGAAGAACAAAUUAGAUGUUCUAUUAGUUUGCAGUAGAUCAGACAGGAGAUUUCAGGAGCAGUACAAAAAAGUGAAAUAUGAAUAUGAUAGAAUGCUCAUCCAAAACAGAAAAGAAGCAUAUCAAAAAAUAAUAGAGAGGUCAGACAACAAAAGCAAAGCAACUUGGUCAGUUGUAAAUUCCAUCAAAAGUCAGCCUGAAAAAAAUAAUUUCCCAAUUGAAGGCAAUAUUGAAGAAAUCUCAAAUAGAUUGAACAAAUACUUUGUGAACCAUGCUCUAGAUAUGACAAUGAACAACCCAUAUAAAAAUACAAAAAGAAACAUCAAUAUAAAAGCAAAUGAAUCAAUUUAUUUGAGGCCUAUUAGUCUGCAAGAACUUGAAAAUAUUAUCAAAUCUUUGAAAAAUAAACAGACAAGUGGAGUUGAUGGUGUAUCCAACAGCAUCAUUAAGCAGUGUAUGAAAGAAAUUCUGGAACCUCUAAGAAUAAUAAUAAACAAUUCAAUAAAGAAGGGAAUGUUUCCAGACAGAUUGAAGAAUGCGAUAGUAAGACCUAUAUUCAAGAAGGGAGAUGAAAAUGAUUUUGGAAAUUACAGGCCCAUCAGUAUUUUACCAUCCUUUUCUAAGAUCUUUGAGCUGGCUUUUUGUGGACAAGUCAUGACAUUUCUCUUGAAAAACAGAAUAUUCACCAAAAAUCAACACGGUUAUUUGAAAGGAAGAUCAAUUCAAACGGCCAUAUUCAACUUUGUGAAAAAUAAACAAGUGCUUUUGAGAACAGAGAUCUAUCUAUGGGACUGUUUCUGGAUCUAUCGAAAGCUUAUGAUUGCCUUGAUAUAGGAAAUCUUAUAGAAAAAUUGGAAAGUUAUGGAAUUGCAGGACCAGCCCUAGAUUGGGUAAGAUCGUACUUCACUAAACGGACUCAGUUAGUAGAGAUAUAUGCAGAUGGAUGUACAAUAAGAUCAGAAACAGAAGAACUGAAGCUUGGAGUGCCACAAGGAAGCAUAGCGGGUCCCCUCCUCUUCAUAGUGUAUGUUAAUGAUUACCCAUUGAACCUUAAUUGGGGUGAGGAUAGAGUGAACUUUGAGGACUAUGUUGAUGAUAAGAAUCUGCUGGUUAUAGAGUCUCUGUGGCCAGAUCUCAAGAAAUUGGUUGAAGAGGUACUGAAAUAUACCGAAACUUGGUUUGCUCAAAACAACAUGGUCAUGAACAAGGACAAAACCAACUUGAUUGUAUUCCAUCCUCCAAAUUCCAACUUAGAAGUUCCCCAACAUGUAACUCUGAAUUGCUGCAAAUAUAAGGUUUCAGAGGCCACUAGAUUCUUAGGCGUACACAUCGAUGAGGAACUGAACUGGAAACAACACAUAGAACAUCUGAGUAAUAAAAUAGGUCCAUCCAUUUAUGCUUUGAGAGUAAUUGCCAAAUAUCUGAGUAAAAAAAUUAUAAAGACUGUCUAUCAUGCUACUAUAGAGUCAAAAUUGAGAUUUGGUGUUGUUUUCUAUGGUUCGGGAAACAUUCAGCCUUUGUUUAUAUUACAGAAAAAAGCUAUAAGAAUAAUAGAAAAAUUAUCAUUCAGAGAAUCAUGUAAAGGAUAUUUCAAAAAGAACGGCAUUUUAACACUUUAUGCAUUGUAUAUUCAAGAAUGUUUAAUAUUUUUUCAUAAACAUAAAGAUCUGUUUUCUCCAUAUCUGAAUCUCAAGAAAAAUUAUGACACAAGAACUCUAUCAUACAAUUUACCAAA